AGCAAUGUCCUUGUCCUCCGACACAUGUGCACACGGACUGAAAACCCAAAAUGGAGGAAACAACAUACAACAAACUGGGUCAACCAGACUUUAGUGAGGACUUUUCUCUCCCUACCAACCAAGAUGAACAACAAGUGUCACUUUCAAUGGGGAGGCUUGAUUCAAUUGUGAAUCAUCAAAAAGUGUUAAUCAUAAUUCUCUCUGUGCUGGCUGUUGUCCUACUCUCCAUUGACAUCGGUCUGGGCAUCUACUACAGAAAUCUGACUGAUGGAGAGCGCAUUAUAAAAGACAUUAACUCUGAAGUUGCCAAAUUACAACAAGCUUACAAAAUUGCAAUUAACACAAAGCUUGAACUGAGGAAGGAGUUGACGAAAGAGACUAAUCUCCAGAGGAUGACCAAAUGGGAACUUGAUCACCUGAAGUCAAGACAUGAGGACUAUCAGAAAGAGUCAGACAAAAUUCUGUCAUUAAUCACUGGGUUGAAAUCUCACAUACCUUUACUUAAGGAGGGUUGCAGACACUGUUCACCAGGAUGGAAUUUAAUCAACUCUGUUUGCUACUACAUCCCUUUCUCUGAAGAUAUAAAUCGCAGAUCAUGGGAGGAAAGUCGUAAUUAUUGCAAGAAUUUUGGUGCUGAUUUGGUAGAAAUAAACAGCAGAGAACAACAGCUGGCAAUUAAUAAUUUAAUCACAACCUAUCAUAACCCAUCAGUGCAUUACUCUGCCAGUGGCUAUUGGAUUGGAGCACGAGAUGUGGACGUAGAGGGGACAUGGAAAUGGUUGGAUGGAACACAACUCACUGAGGGUUUUUGGAACUUGGGAGAGCCAAACAAUAGCGGAAAUGAAGAUUG